AAAGAAGUCCAAUCCUUCGUCUUCGCGACCCUCCGAAGCGACGCCAUCUUGGCCGACCUUAAUUAAUUUCGGAAUUCAUUUUCCUAAGUAAUACGCUUUUCGCGUACCUGAGAGAAAGAGAACGAGGUAGAGGGGAAGAAGGAAAGAGAAGUAGAGAAAUCCUCGCCAGUGGGGUCGGUCGACUUAGUCGGAAUUAUAGGGCGAUCUUCGAUUUUAAGGUUAGAGGUCCUUAGUCGAGGAAAAAUGGAUCUCGCGAGUGAGAUCUACGAGGAGGGAAAUUCACGACCAAAGCCGGGAGAAAAAGCACCAGUCUAGAGGAAAUUACACACAAUAAGCUAGGGAGAGCCAUUCGAGGUUAGGUUUCGAACUUUGUAUAAUUUUCUAUAUAUAUAGAUAUAUACACAUACACUCACACUCAUGCGUUCAUAUAUGUAUACACGAUAACGAUAUUAACAUGUACGUAUCCAAUCCCGUGCAAUCUCCUACAGAAAGUUUAGCACGUAAUCGUCAUUGGGUCCUCUUGGAGGAUUUUUCUUUUCUCUUUUGAAAAUCCACCUAUCAAAUAUCCCAGAUAGGAUGUCUCUUAUCAUUCCGAUAUUUUUAUUUUCAGGGACGUAGGAUGGCUGGAUUUGAGAUGAAUCAUAAACGAAGCAGAAUUGAAGGAGGGAGAAUGACCCUUUCUUUUUUUCUUUCCUUAUUUUUAUUUACACUUUUUCCCUCAUUGCGAAGGUAUUUACCAAGGUAGAAAAAGAACAGAGUGGUCGUUUCUUUUCUUUUGUUUUGACUAUUAAAUUUCGCGUCUAUGAGGACAGAACGGAAAAAGGAACAAUAAAGGAGCUAUUUUCUUGCUUCUUUGGUUUUACUUUAUAUGAACAGAUACGCUUCUUUUUUUAUUAUUAUUUUAUAUGAACAGAAAUGAAAGAAAAUGAUCGAGUCCGAUCCAUUUAUCCUACGUCCACGUAGAAAUCGUGUAAACUUCCUUCCGGAAGUGACGAGCGGGAAUUCGUUCGUCUCUUUUCCGAGAAAGAAGGAUAAGAUCUGGAUAAGCAUGGAAAGGAGUAGGGAAUUCGUGAUAAAAGAAGGAGAUAGCAGGAAGGGGAAUCCUCGUCUCGCGACCUCGCCGAUCCUACCUUAGAAUUCUAGAAAAGGAGAGGAAGAAAAGGAGGAAAGAGUAUCGCGCAUGCGCGCAGGUGGAAGCCGAGGGAGAGCGAAGCGUCUUGUAGAAAAGGAAAAAAGGUAAAAAAGGCUCGAGAAUAAACGGAAUAAAAUGAAUACGUAAGACCCGCUGUCUCGUCUCGCAUUUAUCUCCCCCUACCUCCUGUUUAUUAAAUAAUAAAUUCUAACCGAGUCCCAUUGUUCGUUCGUUAGAGCCAGGAAGCUUCGCAGGGGGUCCCUCUCAGUCGAGAGGAAGAGGAAAGUUGGAGAGGUAAGGGAAUUUGAGAGGAACAGGAGAGGCAAGGCAGUUUAAGGGGUACAGAAGAAGAGGGAUGGAAAUUCAAGGGAUACAAAUAGGUGAGACAAUUUAAAGAGAUAAAAUUGUCCGUGCUCGUUAGAGACUCUCGUGAGUUAAUUAACACGUUUUGGGAAUCAAUUGCACCCUCUUUUUCUUUUUUCUUUUCAUUUAGCGGCGUGGAAAUUCGCUUGGAGACACAUUUUCGGACGCAGUUUGUUAAUUUACACUUCGAGGAGGAGACGCGCAAAGGUGAUUAAAAAAUAAACUGGCCUAGAGGGAGAAGAAUUAUUUGGAGGAACGACCAAAGAAACUAGAGAAACGCCGAGAUGAAUGAAGAGCGGAGAAAUGACAAGGGGAGGAAGAAAAAUGAGAGCAACGGCGAGAUGAAAUAUAAAAUAUAAAAUAAAAGAUUCCGAAACGUGAGCGCGGUCGAAGUCGCUGAUUAAAGAAAGGGAAAUAGAAGAAACAACGAGAUAAAUGACGAGAGGAAGGACCGACGUCUCAAGUGAACCGGGGAAAGUCUUCGCAAAGGCAAAGGAAGAGGUAAAAGAGGUAAAAGAUGGAGAGGAGGGGAAAAGAGGCAGCAAGGAACGAGAGGGAAAAUCGGCGGCUGCGGCUAAGAGGGGAAAAUAGAAAAGCUCGUCGGGCCACGCUCGAUUCUUUCCUUUAAUUCCCGGCGUUUUUCUUUUUUCCCCUCUUUCUUCCCCCCCUUUUUCGAGAGCCGGUAAAAGCGCGGCCCUUGGCUACGGGAAAAACAUCUUUCAUCUUCUAAAGUACUCACUGACCCAGAUGCGCACUCGCGUUUAAAGGGAGAAGAAUCAGCUGUUCUCCCCCCUCCUCCUCCUCCUCCUCUCCCUCUUUCUCCCUCGCCGCGUAAACGAACCCCCGCGAAGGGCAUUAAACAUGCAGAAACGUCAAAUAAACGAGGAAACGAGUCUCCAAGGGGCGGAGAGCUUCGAUCGAGACGGUCAUUCUACGCUGGCAAUGCCUGUAAUUAAUUAAAGUAACCUGGUGCAUUGAUUUCACUAUAAUUACAUGUGAAUUUUCUCCUCUUUAACCCGUUCCAUUAGGAAGGACAUUCGACGGGUCAGUCGUUAAAAAUAACUAAUCAAUGAGAUUAAUUCGGGAAACUUUGUACAUUUAUAUGGCAUGAACUUUAUACGCGGUUUUAAUAACAGGCUCCUUGUUAUAAUUUUGGAAUGACGAGAGUACUUGUCUUAAUUUUGCGAAAAUGAAAAUCCGGCGCGGAACGUCUCGUUCUUUUUUCUUCAUUUUUUUCGGGUUUCUUGGUUUUUUUUAUUCGAGGCGGAAUGAUCGUUCGCGGGAGUACGAUUAGCUGGCAAACGAGGAGACGAGAGGAGGUUUUUUCCUCGUGUAGGUGGUCGAACAGGUAUCGAUUGGCUGUUAAUUAGGCCGCGUUCGAAUGGGCGACAGCGUGACAAUGUGGCAUCGUUAUGCACCCACCUGUAUUUAUAGGCGAAUGCUCUUAUUUAUGGAGCCGUGAGCAGCAUGCGCGAUAAUUAGAUCACCUACUCCUGUUGGUGGUGUGAAAGCCUUCCUCAGAUACGUAUGAGACCACUGAAAAUAAAAAACGAAGAGUAAUUCAAAUGAAAAGUAAUUCAAAUGAAAUUCAGUCGAACCUACUCAUUCUCCGAGAUAAGUAUAAGAAAUUCAAUAAGCGAGUUGGUUCGUUAAUUCACUCUUUUCUUUUAUUUCUUUAAACUAAAGAAUGAAAUCGCAGUAUAGAAAUGUGUCGCGGUCUGAAUUCAUUAAACGAGGUUUGCAUUUUACAAUUUGUCGAUAUUAUUUCGCACCAGCUUGGUACAACAAAGAGUAUCAUAAAUUGGGGGUGAGACUUGUGAAUUCGUUAGAAUAAUUAUUUUUAGUUUUAGUGUAAUGGUGACGUGGAAUUACUCGCGAAUGUACAUGAUUUAUCGUGAUUCCUUCGACGUAACUUUGUGGAAGCAUUUUCGUGUUUUUGGGGCACUCGAAAUGUUGGGUGGAAAAGAAAAAAAAAAGUUCAAAAAAUGCUCCAGGUGAGGCUCGAACUCACAACCCCGGCAUUGCUCACGAACACUGUCUUAUAAGUACCGUGCGCUAACCAAUUGCGCCACUGGAGCUAUUAGGAAUAAGGCCAGUAAUGUACAUUCAAGAGCUUCGUGGCCCCUUUUUCGUCGACAAGCUCAAAAUUCCCUGUAAUUAUGCUCAAAAACUGCAUAUACACUCUCAAGCCGUACGUAACAUCGCGGGAGAGGGAGGUUACGCGCGAUCGCCCGAUAACCUAACCUCUCGAUCAUAGCUUAGGAGGAGUAAAACUUAACGAAACUCGUUGAGCUUUGUUCAAAAGACCUCUUGAAGGAAACUCGGUCCCUCGUCGUCGAGAAAUGAUGUAAAAAUGAGUGAUAGGAGCCAGAAGCAAAGAAAAGUAAUAAAGUAAGGUGGAAAGAGCGGCGGGUAUAGUGCCAACCGAGAGCUGUUACCGUGGUGACUUGAAAGUGUUACCGUUUGAGAGUUUACCGACUAUUGAAUGUACUUUUUGACAUCGUUGAGGGCUUCGUUGGUUUGAAACUGAUUUUCGUUGAGGUUCUUCUUCCUUUUCUCGAUACUUUUACCGAAAUCGGACUAAAUCAGGGACGUGGGUUGUCGGUAAAAACACUGGUUACUGUAUCGAGACUUAACCUCGACUGGGCGCCAUUGUCGGUCAUAUAGAGAACUAUAACCACAACUAACGACUAAAAUUAUUAUAUGUAGAGAGAGAUAAAAUAUUAGAGAAAAGGAUAAGAAGAGUUGCAAAAUUAAUUAAAGGUUCAGAGAAUACUGAAAGAUUGAAGAAUACAGGAUUGGUUGUGUUAGAGAUAUCGGAGGAUCGGAUCACAUAACCUAAUUUUGCAUCGCUCACGUGUCCUGCAGGCGUUCCAUGCACACCGGGGGAAGUAUUGCAGUUUUCUCUGGGUUUCUUGCUGAAACGAAGAUUUUUAUUUGAAUUAGCUUCGUGCUAGGGAGAAGUAUUUUCUCGUCGCAAGAUGACCGGGAGCGACUUUCGUCUGAUUUUGAAGAACUUACCAGUCGAUGCAUCAGAGAAGGAGAUUCGACAAUUGUUUGAAAAAUAUGGGACUGUAAAAGGCGUUGAUAUUAAGGAGAAGAUGGAUUUCCAGGACAACAAGAUCAAGUUUGCGUUCAUUAACAUUGUUACUGAACACAAAAAGUUGAAUUCAUGUUUCAGGCACAUUAAUGCAACCAUCUUAAGAGAUCAAAAUUUGUUCGUCGAGGUGGCAAAGGAAAAUUUCCAUGAGCGUUUAAAAAGAGAAAGGGCCGAGGCUGCUGCGGAAAGAACUAAAGAUAAGGACCUAAAAACGGCCCACUAUGAGGCUUCUCGUACUCGAUUGACCGAAAGCAAUGUACCGGUCUUUGCAAAACAAUCUAAUAGUGUCAUUUUUCAAUGUGACGAGUCUAAGAAAGGAUCCUUUGAUGUUAAAUCAAAUGCUGUCUUACAUGUAAGUAGUGGUGAUGGUAGCGAAACAUCUAAGCAGAAGCGAAAUAAAAGAUCCCAUUUCAAUACUUCAUCCCACGAAGACAUCAACGGGAAAACAAAACAAAUGAAAGAGAAGGUAUUUGAAGCGAACGGAAUUGAGGGGAGACACGAUAUCAAUGGGAGAACGAAACGUAAGAAAGAGAAGUAUGAAGCAAACAAUAUUAAGGAGAGACGCAAUACUCCGACAUUCACAAAGAAUGGUCCAAACAAUUUCCUUGAGCAAAAUGAUGAAGUACAUCGACAAGCAUAUAACAAAGAGUCAGUCGUUAGCGAGGCAGAGAAGAAACGAUUGAAAUCCUUAACAGAGAAAAAGAGAUUAUUCAGAACUAAGGAACAGUUGAUUCGGAUAGCUCUACAAAAAGUGGACGUUGGCAAGAGUAAUAAAAUAAUUUUCUCAGAGGAUGACGAAGACAAGUGUAAUAAUAUUCAGAGCGAGACGAAAAAUCGAAGACAGCUGUUUGAGGAUGACGAGGGCGAUGAUGACACGACAUGGAACGAAGAGAAGUUUGAAUCGAUGGAGAACACCAAUCAGAAGUUGGCCAGACUACAGUCGAAAGUUGGGAACGACAAGCGAUUCAUACUUGACGAUCGUUUCUUGGAUGACGGUGAGGAUAUCGAACAGCCAGGCGAUGCGAACUCUGAUCCAACCGAUGAGAAAAACUGGCAAUUGGAUAUCCUCAGCGACGUUCUUGGAAAAACCGUCAAAAGGCCUGACAAAGUCGAAACAGUCCCAAGAAAGAGGAUGAUAAGGUACGACCCGACAGAAGGAGAUCAUAAGGAGUACGAAGUCAAAACCGAACAGUCUAAGGAGCAGAGUGCUACAAAAAAGAAGAAGAAGAAGAAGUUGAGUGUGACUGAACCAGAAGAGAGUGCUCCUCAGCCAGAGGUCUCGAAGGAAGUCUUCUACAAAGUGACUGAUACCCUGAAGGACGCGCUGAAGGAAAAGGAGAGUUUCAGUUUGUUGAAAACAUUAGGCAGAGCAGAUACCAUAGAACGACAAGAGGACCCAAAGAAUAAAAAGGCAAAAGCUGAUGAGCCAUUUCAGUUUAAUAAAGCUGCUGGAAAGGUGUUUAAAUAUGAUUCAUCCGACGAAGAGGAAGAGCAGGAAGAAGAGGAUGGCUCGAACUUGAAGAGUAUCACAUUUAGUUCGGGGGACCAAGAAGAGUCGACAAAUAAGUUUUUCUUCACUGCUGACGAUUCCCGUUUCCGAGGUGCUAACGAGUUCUUUGAGGUUAGUUCACCAGCCGAGGACUUCAAGAACAUGCGACGAGAAUUAAAACAAAUCGUACGAAUGAAGAUCCGCAACAACGUGCGAAAAGAGCUUCCCGGUCGAAGGAGAACCAAGAGAGGACGAUAAAGAGAGACGAGUCGAAAAAGGAAAUCCAAACGAUGGGUUCUCCAGCAGUUCUGGAGCUCACCUGGAGGAUGCUCUUCUGGGAGGGAGUGGCUCGCUGCAGGGCGACUACGAUGAGCCAGGAGCACUUCCCGUCACGAAUAUCGGUGCCGAAUUUCCCC